AUGGUUUCAAAAGGGGAUCUAGGUGGUUGUAGGGUGGCUGUAGGCUGGAGGUUGUCACUCUACCCAAAUGGAAACAAGAAAAGCAAUGGCUUUGGCUUCAUCUCCCUUUACUUACAAAUUGAAGAGACAGAAAAUCUUCCCCGCACUUGGGAAGUAAAUGCCAACUUUAGAUUUUGUUGUCAAACAAACAUAAAUUGGCGUUCUCUGACAAAGGAUCCUCCCAACAAUACAAUAACUUUCACCCUACAAAACUAUUCAAAAUCAUACUCUGACUUCUAUGUCUCUGAUGCUCAAACCAUUGGAGACUCAAAUUGGAAAUUGCAUGUUUAUCCUAGAGGAGGGGGAAGCUGGAAGAAUAUAGCACUUUCUGUGUACUUGGAAUUGGUAGAGGCUCGCAGUUUUCCACCUAAACGAAAAGUUUAUGCACAAUACAAGUUGAGAGUCAAAGACGGAUACAAUUCCAAUAACAACAGGGAAAAUACAGCUUCAAUCUGGUAUACUGCUGAAAGUUUUAGUAGGGGUUAUCGGUACUUCAUGUCGCUGCUGGAUCUCCAGGACAAAUCAAAAGGCUAUAUUGUGAAUGAUACUUUGAUAGUUGAAGCAGAAAUCCUCAUUGUUUCUAAAGUCAAACUUUUCUUAUAG